AUGGCUUUGCCUAAGAUCUAUCUCGUCACUGGUGCCAAUCGCGGCAUUGGGAAGGGCUUCACAGGCCUACUUUUACAAAAGCCCUCUGUUACUGUCAUAGCUGCUGUCCGAAACCCAGCACACAUAAGCGCGAAAGAGCUCGUUGCGUUACCUAUCGCGGAAGGUUCAAAGCUCAUACUGGUACCUCUCGACUCUACUUCCAAAACUUCAGCCAAAGAUGCCGUCAGAAUCCUUAAAAAUGACCACGGUAUCAAAUACCUUGAUGUCGUGAUUGCCAAUGCUGGCAUCUCCACCGGUGGUGGAACAGUACGCGAUACUGAAGUCGGCAAUAUCACGGAGCAUAUUCGUGUUAACACCAUCGGUCCGGUCGUGCUCUUCCAAGCGAUUGCCGAUCUUCUUCAGGCGAGCCCAACCAAGCAGCCGAUUUUCGUUGCCAUUUCAACAUUGGUCGCAUCAAUCGGAGCCAUGGAUAUGCUGGCCGCUUUUCCAGCGAAACAUAGCCCUUACGGAGGCAGUAAGGCAGCCUUGAACUGGUUCAUUCGCCGUCUCCAUUUUGAAGAGCCUUGGCUUACGAGCUUCGUGUUUCAUCCUGGACUUGUCGAGACAGAUAUGAACACGGAUUUUGCUGCUGCGAGUGGCUCACAAUGGAAGGAUUUCGGGGCUAUCAGUGUUGAUACCAGUGUGACUAACAUGGUUGGUGUAAUCGACGAAGCUACUAAGGAGUUUAGUGGAACGUUCAAGAAUUACGAUGGCACUGCGUUGCCAUGGUAG